UUUCUUUUUACUUUCGGAGCGCCCGACAUUGACGACGAUUGGCUGGAGAGAGAAAGGUAUAUUCGAGGUCGAAAGUUCACUUCACUUCAAUUUCAAACGAAAUAAAUCGUAACCGUUAGAAGGAUUGUGGUUGUUGUUGUAGCUGGACGUAUAAUUUCUAAGAUGACAUCCACAAGUUUUAACAUCGGUUUUGGGGAAAAAAAGAAUUCCAGUAGGGUUCUGAAGCCCCCAGGCGGCGGACAUUCCGAUAUUUUCGGCAUUGCUGAUAAUGCCGAAAUGAUGACGCCAAGUAAAAAACAUAUUGGUCCACCAACCACCAUAAAAAGUUGUUUUGUUCACGACGAGCCAGAUAACACAAAAAAGCAAAAUAAUGGUCAUAAUGGCAACGGCAACGUUUAUAUUACUCCAGAUGAAAAUAUCCAACCUGAUAUAGUUAUAGAAGCGGAAAAAAAGAAAAUCGCGACUCCCGAACAACCGAGAAGAGUCAAGGUUCCUCCUGGAGGAUUCUCCACUCCCUUAUGGAAAUAUUUGGUCCAUUUGUUUAAAAGAAACAUGUCAUUUAAAUAUCCAGAUGCUUCAAGAGAUGAGUCUGUAAAAGACAACUAUUUCGGUACUGAGAUAACCGAUCCUUACCGUUGGUUAGAAGAUCCUGAUUCGGAAGAAACGCAAGCUUAUGUUAAUGCCCAGAAUAACAUAACUAGACCGUUUCUGGAUGAUUAUGCACAUAAAAAUAAGAUAAAAGAAAAGCUUACAGAAUUCUGGAAUUACCCUAAACAAUUUGCACCUCAUCGCCAUGGAAAUAAAUACUUUCAAUACAGAAAUUCUGGACUACAAAAUCAAAGCGUGUUGUUCGUAAAAGACUCCUUAGACGAGGAGCCAAAAAUAUUCCUGGAUCCGAAUACCCUCUCGGAGGAUGGAACUGUUGCCUUACAAGGAACUGAAUUUUCAGAAGACGGUUUAACUUUUGCCUACGGUUUGAGUUCUAGUGGAUGCGAUUGGAUCGAAAUCAAGUUCAGAGAUGUUAAAACUGGUAAAGAUUACGAUGAGACACUUAAAAAAAUCAAGUUCUCUCCGAUGACCUGGAUGCACGAUAAUAAAGGCUUUUUCUAUGGGGGAUAUUUACACCAAAGUGGCAAAGUUGAUGGUUCGGAAACCAAAACUGCUGAAUACCAAAAACUAUAUUACCAUAAGUUAGGUACUAAUCAGUCUGAUGAUAUUAUGGUUGUUGAAUUCGAUGAUCAUCAACUGAGAAUGGGUGCUCAUGUAAGUCAUUGUGGAGAUUAUUUAGUUGUGACCCCGAUCAAGGGAUGCAAAGAUAAUCUGCUGUAUUUUGCUAAGUUUUCAAAUGAUAGAAAAAUCUCAGGGAAACUAAACUUAACUCCUGUUAUUACAGAACUAGAUGCUGUUUAUGAGUACAUAACAAACAUCGGUUCGAAAUUUAUGUUUCUGACUAAUAAGAACGCGCCCAACUACAGGAUUGUAGUAAUCGAUUUUGACAAUCUUCAAGGGGAACCUGGCUGGUCGAAUUUAAUUCCAGAACAUCCUAAAGAUGUACUCGAUUGGGCGCAUGUUAUUAAUAAAACUAUGUUAGUUGUUUGCUACCUCAGAGAUGUAAAGAAUGUCAUGAUUAUUUACGAUUUGCGAACUGGUAAUAAAAUCUACGACUUUAAGUUGGAUGUCGGUACUAUUUCGGCAAUUACCGGUAAACCUGAUCACAACGAAAUGUUUUAUAGCUUCUGUUCAUUUUUAACGCCGAGUAAAAUAUAUAAAGUUAUUUUUGACGGAGAUAACAUUAAGGAAACUAUGAUUCAUGAAACUAAAGUGGGCGAUUUCGAUGCAUCUAAAUACGAAACAAAGCAAGUGUUUUAUAAAAGUAAGGACGGAACAGAAAUUCCAAUGUUUAUAGUAAACAAAAAGGGUGCUGUAAAAGAUGGCUCAAAACCUUGCCUAUUAUACGGUUACGGUGGAUUCAAUAUCAAUUUAACCCCAUCAUUCGGGGUUAGUAGGCUAAUUUUUAUAAACAAUUUCGAUGGUAUAUUUGCUCUUGCAAAUAUAAGAGGAGGAGGUGAAUACGGUGACGCCUGGCAUAACGCAGGCAGGUUCGGCAACAAACAGAAUUGCUUCGAUGAUUUCCAAUGCGCCGCACAAUAUUUGGUCAAGGAACAAUACACUUCAGUUAACAAACUAACUAUACAAGGCGGAUCUAAUGGUGGCCUUCUAGUUGCUGCUUGUAUUAACCAAGCACCCCAACUUUUUGGCGCUGCUAUUUGCCAAGUCGGCGUACUAGAUAUGCUACGUUACCACAAAUUUACCAUUGGAUACGCAUGGAAGUCGGAUUACGGUUGUUCGGAGAAGGAGGAACAAUUUAAAUAUAUCUACAAGUAUUCGCCUUUACAUAAUAUCCACGAGCCGCAAGAAGAAUCACAGCAGUAUCCUGCUACUUUGUUGUUGACAGCUGAUCAUGAUGAUCGAGUGGUGCCUUUACAUUCGCUGAAAUUCAUAGCGGAAUUGCAGUACAAAGCGGGUAGUUCGUGUUUCCAGAAGAAUCCUUUGUUGAUUAGAAUAGAGACCAAAGCAGGACACGGCGCUGGAAAACCGACUUCGAAAGUGAUCGAUGAAAUUGUUGACUAUUUUACGUUCAUUUCGAAAACUUUGAAUCUGAAGUUUUUGGAAUGAUUAUUCAAAAUCCUUUGAAAGCCAUAGAAGACGGCAUCAGUUUACUGUUUUUAAAAAAAUUAUACUUGUAUUACAUUUUUCAAAUAAAUGAUUUUCUUUGAUUAUA